AGUGACAGUUAACACCACAAAACCGCCAGUCUCUCAAAAUUAAAAUCCGCAAAAUUUAAUAUGGAUUUCUUUAUGAACAUAAGACUCCAAAUCGUAAUGUAAAAUGUCUAAAAGAUAUGUAUUUAAUCAACAACAUGGUGAACGUAAAAAAGCUAGACUUAAUGUCACGAUAUCUGACCACAAUUUCCCGUUAAGUCAAAAUACCACUAGCAAAGCUCAAGAACCAGACAACUGGGGAGAUGAAAACGACGACGAAAUAUUACUCUUGGCUAGUCAAGCUUGUGAGCAGGCCUACAAUGACAUUAGCACCUUACCAGACUACAGUUUGUGUAUGCAACCAGAAAAAACUAGUACACAAUAUGAACCUGCACCUAGUAGUUCCAAAAGUACAUUUACAUUCAAGAAACCAAGUAGUAACCCAGCCAGCGCUAUUACAACACACCUGAAGAAUAAAUGCAGCACAAUCUCUUCGCCAUUACCAGGCAUCUCAAAUAAAGUAGAAGCUAGUCAAAAUGAGAAUGUAACUUUUGGUGGUGAUGAUCUAGUUUUCAAUGACAAAAUAUGCAAAGGACAGGAUCCAGAUUUUAUGUUCAGACAACUAUUAAAACUACAAGAGGAAAAUGCUAAACUCAAGUCUGAAAAUGGUAAAUUAUUAGAAAAGUGUGUUACAAAAGAAGGUGAAUCUUCAAUACUUCGUACACAGUUGAAGUCGUGUCAGGUGGCUGUUGAUAAUGCAAGAAUGGAUAAAAUAAAAGCACAGGAGCAAAUGGAGAUAGACUGGACGGAGAAGCUCACAGCUGUUAACAAGCAAAUGUGUGACUUGAGAACACAGUUAGAUUUCAAAAAUUUAGAAAUAAUAAGUGUCAAAGAGAAGUGCAAAAAGUUGGAGUCCAACAAAUUAAGACUGACUCAAGUAACUGUUGCAAAUAAUGACAUAUCUUCCAGUCAUAGAAAUAACAAUAGGACAUUUUCCACUGACAUCAUUUCACAGAUACGAAAUGUCAAAACUAUUUCAAAUGGAAUACAAACUGAAGAUAAAGCUGCUUUUAUAAAACUGAAUAAAAUUGCUAGAAUUGGUAACUCCAAGUUAAUAACAAUCUUGCCAUUUAUAUUGGAAAACUCUGAUCAACAGCACCAUUCAAUACUAGACUACAAUGAGAAAUUACAAAAGCAAUCGGAUUAUUCACAAACCAAGUGUAGAAUAUUCAGUACAUUCCAUAGAAUACCUUCUUCACCAGUAACAAGCAAAGACACUACAAGGUCUAAAUUAAAUCUUUCUGACAUUUAUGAAGAUUUGACUGUUAUUGCUACUAGGAAAGAAGAAGGUGAAAGCUUAAAGGCCAGAUAUUUUAAUUUAUUUGGUGCUAUAGAUUCAGUUUUACAAGGCAACCAAUCAGAGUUGGAUGCAAUAACUUUGAGAGUAACAAACGCCUUUCAAAAAGAAAUGGACGAGAAGUAUGUAGAGUCUACUUCAGUGUUCCUAUCCAUCAAUGAGGAAGAUUUAUUGAGAAGCAGUGCCUUAUACAAGGAUGAACAAGCAAUUGUGUCCCGGAGGUUGACUGCGGUAGCUGCUUACAUUCUAGAAUCUCCUGAGAGUUUCAAAAUGUAUAAAAUGUACGAAGAACAAUCAAACAAAAGUAGUGGCAACCUUGUAACUUUUGUAGAUAGUAUCAAUAGGAUAUGCAAUUUACUAGACAGCACAUAUUGUGCAGUACUAUACAGCGGUUUUCUGUUAGCUCUUAUCAUUUUGCUGGUAAAUUUUCUCCAGAAUAUGCCAGAACUCAAUAGCAGAAUUAUGGAUAUAGCUAAAGUUGUAUUGGGUUCACGGCCUAUGCCAUUUGUGUCAACCUCAUUAUUGAGACUUUUUAGAAAACUGUCAACACUAGAUAAUUUCAUGGCAACAUUUUGCCCUGUUAGCAACUCUUCGAACCUUAAAGUGGACUAUGACCAAGGAGUUUUGUUAUAUAAAAAAGACUCUUGCUAUGUGCAAGUACUUAUCAAACAAAUUGAGGCAGCUUUGAAAUGUAUGGAAGCACAGAAGUUAACACGCGAAGCAUUGCAAACGACACAGAAUCUCAUUGCGUUGUAUUCAAAUUUAAAUUUCCACGGAAACGCGAUGAAUCAGAACAGGAGGUGCGACUGUCAAUUAAUGUUGAUUCAAGUCAUAGUUUAUUCUCUACGAAUAUGCGCCGUCAUGCUUAAAGAUUUAAAAAAUGCAGAAGAUAUGACCUUCAAUCGCCAAUUGUUAGCCGUAUGCCGCAGCGGUGUGCAAGUUCUGUAUCAAUGCACAUUAAGGGACGUGGAGUUCAGUUCCCAGUUGAGUCACAACGAGGGGCAUUUCAUAGAUCUGUGCGAGAUCCUCAAAGAAUUCGACCAUAAAGAAAUAUGUGGAAACAUGCUAACCGAACUUACUAGUACAUUCCAAGUUUCGCCCGAAGAAACCUCCAUAUCAUUCCAUAAGCAACCGUGGCUGAAAAGUUUCAAAUCAUUUUCUCUGGCAGACUGAUAUAAAAAAUGUAUAGAAUCUUGGGCUUAAUGUGUAACUUACUCCUGCAAUCGCUUUCAAUUAUUAAUUGGGAAUGAAAUUACCUUUUGUCAUAUCUCUUUCUCAGAUCCCGUUCUUAGUUAGGAAUGAGAUUAUCUUGUAUCCGAUUGAUUUAUGUAAUUAAUUUUUGUUUUAUAUAUGUAGUAGGAUGCUUUGACAAAUUGAAUAUUGGGAACAUCCUAGGGAUUUUACGACAAAACUUGGAUAAUUGUUCAAUCUUACUUGUAAAUGAUUUUUUUUCUGCAUGGUCACAACGCUAACGUGACCCAGUGUAAACCCAAAACCCCAAGAAUAUUUUUAAUAAUCCAACGAUUCUUUUUGCAAUCUUGCUGAGGCGACUCGCGUUGCGGAUCGCAAAAUCCCUAGGAUUUUCGCGAAAAUUCGAUUUAUCAAAACAUCCUACGACAAUAUAAGCCUUUACAGUCACAGUAACUGUUUACUGAAUUGUGUAUUUAUUUUUGUAAAUAUUGUAUCAUAGUUAAUUAUAGCAAUUACUACCUGUGUUUAACUUAGACGAUAUCAGGAAAAAAUAAUGUCGAAGUGCACUUUUACGUUAAUAAUAAACAAUGUGAUAUACAUAAUUUAAUGUUUUA